AACAAUGCGUUAGUUUCUUGGGUGAAAAGUUUCGCGUCGUAUUUACUCUUUCACCAUCCUAUUCUCACAAACAAGCUGGUGAACAUAUAUUAAAAAAAGUGAUAUUGGUUCAUCUCAAGUAUAAUCGAGAUAAGUUUAAUCUUUUGAUCUUCAUGGUCCGCAAGCUGUACUCUCUUGUUGCUGGUGAAUGUUCCCCAGAUAACCCAGAUUCCCCGCAAAACCAAGAAAUUCUUCUGGGCGGACAUCUUUAUGGGAUGCUUAUUAAAGAGAAACUUGGUGACUGCUUAAAUGCUAUCCGUGCAGUAAUCACUGCAGACGUCGGUAAUAAUAGGCCGGUGGAUUUCAACGAUAAAAAAUAUAUCUCUAAUGUAUUCAAUAGAUCAAAUAUAGAAAUUGGAAGAAGGUUGGCAUAUUUUCUUGCUACAGGAAAUCUUGCUUCUAGCAGUGGAUUAGAUUUGAUGCAGACUACUGGCUAUACUAUAGUAGCAGAAAAACUUAAUUUUUAUCGCUAUAUCUCUCAUUUUCGGUGUGUUCAUCGUGGAUCUUUCUUUACUCAAAUGAAAACAACCACUGUACGGAAACUUUUACCAGAGUCGUGGGAGUUGAUUCAUUUGAAUCAAUUAAUUGGCCAAGCAGGGUUUAUUUGUCCAGUACAUACUCCGGAUGGUGAACCAUGUGGAUUGCUUAACCAUCUUUCCCACACUUGUAGGAUUAUUACCAACAAGCCUAACGUGGAGAUGAUUCCAACAAUAUUGGCAGAAAUGGGUAUUAUAAACAGAUUAACAACAGGCACCCGUGAUACUAAAAAAAGUUUUUUAUGUGUGCAGUUGGAUGGAAAAAUUUUAGGCUGGUGUGAAACGGGACAUGCACAAUCAAUCGUGAAUAAGCUGCGGUUGUUAAAGUUUGAAGAUGAGAUCUCUAUUGACUUUGAAAUCGGAUAUGUUCCUCCUUCUAAUGGUGGACAAUAUCCAGGCAUUUACUUGUUUUCUGAACAAUCGCGUAUGAUGCGACCUGUCAGAUAUCUUGUCAAUAAUGAAAUUGAUAUGGUCGGAUCAUUUGAGCAGGUAUAUAUGAAUAUUGCGUGUUUACAAGAAGAUAUCAUCAAAGGUGUAACAACCCACAUAGAGAUUGAGCCUACAAGCAUGUUAAGCAUUCUAGCUAAUUUAACACCAUUUUCCGAUUACAACCAAAGCCCUCGUAAUAUGUAUCAGUGUCAGAUGGCCAAGCAAACGAUGGGUACACCUUCGACAGCAAUUAUGCAUCGAACGGAUAAUAAAUUGUAUCGACUUCAGACUGGUCAAACCCCAAUAGUACGGCCAGUGCUUCACAGUACUCUUGGUCUAGAUGGAUUUCCUAAUGGAACAAAUGCUAUUGUAGCUGUGAUUUCGUAUACUGGUUACGAUAUGGAAGAUGCGAUGAUUAUCAGUAAGUCAGCUCAUGAAAGGGGGUUCAAAUAUGGUACCAUAUACAAAUCUGAGGUAGUUAGUCUUGAUGAGAAUAGGAUGGUGAAAGA